AAUAAGAUAUGACUUUAUAAACUAUUGUUGGAUUGACGUUUGCCAUGUCAUUGGCGCCGAAAUAGAAAGCUGACAUAGUCCCGAUUCACAAAAUCAUGGAUGAUUCAAGGAGAUAUUUCUACUAAGUACAGUGUUUGGUAAAACGUGGAUCCGUGAUACUGGAUACGACCUAUGUUUUAACGGUCGAUGGAUGUAUUGAUAUUUUAUGAAACUGAAUGUCAUUUGUGGACUUAGAACGAGGUUUAUUCAGAACACUUAAUGUCAUAGAACUGAAACCAACAGGUUUGAGUUAUAUGGAAUGUGAUAUAGCGUUGUGAAUGUAUGGAGAGUUUCGUACUAAUAUGAUGGAAGCUGAUUGGUCGAUGACACUUAUGAAUGGAAUUUAAUACAGGAUUUAAUGAAUGAGACAGAAUGAAAACUUAAUAGUUUUGUAAAUAACACCGAUUUCUGAUUUUAUUGAAAUUAUCUAACGAAAAGGAAAGUAAGCAGGAAAAAAACGAAUAGACGCGUGCAAUAUCAUAAGGCAUGAUCUUUUUAAUAGAGAUACACGUGAAUAUAUUAGGGAACACAUACCUUUUAAAAGAUUUGAAUAUUUAAAAAAAAAAUUUAGAAAUCGAAUUGAAUGUGGCUAGGACGUCUAAUGGAUAAUUGUACAGGAGUCUCCCAGGAAAUCAACAUUCACAGAUGAUACAUUUGGCUAGUGUUUCCCGGAUUUUAAAAGUGCACUUCCUUAACAUGAAAUAAUAGCCGGUAUCUGUUUGAGGACAUAUUAAUUAAAAAAUGGCUUGUUAAAUUCAAUUACAGGAUUUAUCGAACUCCCUCGCCAUUAAAGUGACACAUGAAAAGAUAGGUUGUGAUCAAAUUUUGAAUGUUGCGUUCAAAGGAAAAUUAUGGAUUUGCUGAGAACUGCAAUUGUAUUAGAAUAAAGACUGCUUGAUUUCACAUGUUUUGCCUUGGAUUCCAUUCAUAACGAAUGCAAAAAUUGAUUUGUGUUUUUGGUGAAAGCGUGAACUAAGAAGUUUUGGUCUAAGUAUUUAGUCUGUCAACAAAAUAUUUUAACCCGAUUGGACUUCAAAGGAUGUAUGGAUAAUAUACUUCCUUAAAGAAUAUAUGUAUAUACCAUAUCCGGCUGUUAUUUCUGGCUUUGAAUCAAGCAUUUGUCAGAACACAAACUAGUAUUUAUCCCCUUGGUAGACUGGAAACCUAGAGGAGGUGAACGCUUCGUGUCAUGGAUGGUCUGUACAAACUGUACAUUUUAAAAAAGUGUUCCAUAAGAUAUUCACUAUAAACGACGUCAGACAUCUCCCUACAACUUUAAGGAAAUAUUGACUUCUGGGUUUGAAACAAUAUAAAAACCGUCAAAUGUGGUAUUUACCUGACAUUUGAAACCUUCAAACCAUGUAUGGAAUGGAAAAUCUAACAAACUUUUCCAAUGGAAUGUCUCUUGAAGCUCCUCCAUCCUGUAGUGCAGCCGUGUUCAGAAAAUCAACACAACGUAAAAGAACCUUACAACGUGUGGACACUAUGGCCCACCUACGGCCGUUUCCACAGGUCAAGGUAAAGAUAUGCGUGCAAUUCUUCAAAGUUGGCGAAAUUGACACUCUGAAGGAACAAUAUACGGCAGAUGUAAUUGUGAAAGCAAAAUGGCGGGAACCUUCACUUGACGGACAAAAUAAAACGUCUGAGUCGGUGGAGUUCAACAAAAUGUGGAAUCCAAAACUAUAUAUAGAAAACUCUUUAGGCGAUCCUAAAGAGCAAAUCCGAUAUCAAGUGUUAUAUAAUGAUAAAGGAGAGGCGUAUGUGUCUGAGAAGCGAGUCAUUAAGGGAACAUUUAUGGAAAAUCUAGAGCUUGACGACUUUCCAUUCGACGUCCAGGAUAUUACAAUAACUGUGGCGUCGGAACUUCCUUCAAGCGAAGUGGAGCUGAUUGAAGAUGAUGACGACCAUCACGUGGUCAACAAACAGGCAUUCGUUGAUGAACAGGAGUGGCAUUUAUAUAUGCAUACGGAAUGUGUAAAACGUGACAUAGUUAUAGACCAGGCAGACAUGAGUGUACGACGUUCGGCACUUUCCGUAAAAUGUCGAGCUGCGCGGAGACCUGGAUAUUUUGUAUGGAAUAUAUUUGUUGUAACAUUUUUAAUAUGCAGUCUGGCAUUCACGACAUUUUCAGUGAAUAACAACCUACCUCAAAACCGAUUACAGUUGUCUUUUACCCUCGUACUAACGGCUGUCGCCUUCAAAUCGGCUGUAAACUCAAGUCUUCCCAGGAUAUCCUAUCUAACGUAUAUGGAUAAAUAUUUACUGAUAGCGAUGGUGAUGCUGACAGCUGUUUGUGUGUGGCAUGCAAUUGUAUCAACAUUAGCGACGCAGGAGAAACGCGACCGUAUAGAAAGUGUCGUUCUCACGGUCUUGGCGGCCAUCUACAUAUUUUAUAAUAUUGGAUUCUUCAUAGUUAUAUAUCUUUCACCUUGGAAAAAACGACGAGAAAUGCAACAAAAAGACAGAGAAUAUCAGAUCAAAUACGGUGCAUCAGACGAACUAGCAAGAAGCAUGCUAUUGAGCGCGAUGUUUCCAACACCAGUUAAAUCACCUAAUCUAAGGAACGAUACCAUUCCCGAAUGAAAUAAAUUCUUCAAGCAAAAGGACGCUCUUCGACUAAAUGCCAGAAUCUAGACAACUAUCCUUCCCACGAGGAGUACAUGUCACAACGAGCACGCUCACCGGCUAUUGAUCGAGGCACUUUGGAGAUCUGGGUUCAGGAUGACAAUAACUGUCUUAUAUUCCACAAAACACCUAGCUCAGGUACCUCGGAAAUAGACAUAGCGUGACGGGCGAACCUUAAGGUACACUUCCAUGGAGUGCACAAGCGGCCGAAGAGCACGAUUCGAGUCUGCGAACAACAUCAGUAUGUCGCUUCAAUAACUUCAAUAACUCGAACGUUACAAUGAGGUUCAAGAGAAGGAUACUUGGUCAACUGUGAGACUAUAUACCAGAGACUGUUCAGCUGAACAGCACAUCACAAUAUAAAGUACAACAAUUCUGAAACCUUUUUUUCCAUCUGAGAGUAACGAGGUUUCUGUGACGUUAACCAUUGCACGCCAAUGCCAUGUAUAUACAUGUGUAACACCUUUAAUGUAUAGUACACUAUGUAAUCAUAGCACAUUUUCCAUAUGAUGUGCUGUGGUAAUUUCUCGUAUCACCAAGGAUAUGAUCUUUAUCACUGUAAUUAGAAUGAUAUUUCAACAACAUGCUGAAAGAUAUUUGAAUAUUUUUAUGGGUAAAUAUUGAAUUUGUGUUUCAGAACAAGCCAAUAGCUACAUGGUUCAUUCCGCUGUAGUAAACAAAGGCCCAUCCAUGGCAACAAAAUCCAACUUCCUAUUGUAUGUUAUAUUACACAAUACUAACUUAAUCAAAUCGGAUGACGUCAUGGGAUAAAAAAAAAGAUCAAGAAAACAGUAUCUUUCAUUCAAAACGAAUUACUGAAAGAUGAAAACAAGAUUUAGCAAUGGAGAAUACAAAAAAGAAUUUUUUUUAUCGAAACCGGAUGAAGACAAAAGAUGAAAGUCUGAAAUGUAAGGAUAUUUCGAUCUCUGAACAGAAUAAAUUUUAAAAACGAAAAUAAUGGUAGAAUCUGGAUCCUCUUAUCAUUGAUUUUAUCAAGUGAUCAAAGAAAUUAAAAUACAACAGAUAUUUGUCAAAUGAUAAAAAAAAUCGCGACAAGAUCAGAAUGUGAAGAUGAGGUUGACAUUUUAUACCAAGUAACAGUUAUUAUUCUUACUAAAGUAAGCUCCGAACAACUAGUAAACAUGCUAACAGUGCUAGACUGCUCCGAACAACUAGUAAACAUUCUAACAGUGCUAGACUGCUCCGAACAACUAGUAAACAUGCUAACAGUGCUAGACUGCUCCGAACAACUAGUAAACAUGCUAACAGUGCUAGACUGCUCCGAACAACUAGUAAACAUGCUAACAGUGCUAGACUGCUCCGAACAACUAGUAAACAUGCUAACAGUGCUAGACUGCUCCGAACAACUAGUAAACAUGCUAACAGUGCUAGACUGCUCCGAACAACUAGUAAACAUGCUAACAGUGCUAGACUGCUCCGAACAACUAGUAAACAUGCUAACAGUGCUAGACUGCUCCGAACAACUAGUAAACAUGCUAACAGUGCUAGGCUGCUCCGAACAACUAGUAAACAUGCUAACAGUGCUAGACUGCUCCGAACAACUAGUAAACAUGCUAACAGUGCUAGACUGCUCCGAACAACUAGUAAACAUGCUAACAGUGCUAGGCUGCUCCGAACAACUAGUAAACAUGCUAACAGUGCUAGACUGCUCCGAACAACUAGUAAACAUGCUAACAGUGCUAGACUGCUCCGAACAACUAGUAAACAUGCUAACAGUGCUAGGCUGCUCCGAACAACUAGUAAACAUGCUAACAGUGCUAGACUGCUCCGAACAACUAGUAAACAUGCUAACAGUGCUAGACUACUCCGAACAACUAGUAAACAUGCUAACAGUGCUAGACUGCUCCGAACAACUAGUAAACAUGCUAACAGUGCUAGACUGCUCCGAACAACUAGUAAACAUGCUAACAGUGCUAGACUGCUCCGAACAACUAGUAAACAUGCUAACAGUGCUAGACUGCUCCGAACAACUAGUAAACAUGCUAACAGUGCUAGGCUUAGUUUGUCGUUAUGUUGUAUCUGCCCGACAGUUUUCAGAACAUCACUGAAAAAGGAGAUUUCGAAAUGAAAAGGAGAUUAAGAUAUUUUAUGAAUUUUUGGGUUUGCGGAAUCUUUUCCACAAUGAAGUGGUAAAUAUGACAGGUUUUCUAACAUCGGGCUUUUCUCAUCUAAUCAAAGGCACUGUUCCAGCGAUAAAUUUUCACGGCAGAUCGUCUAACUUGAAAAUCUGAAUCACUCCUGGUGACGUGUAUUGUUAAAGCAAAAAUUACGUAAUUCUGUCAAAAUCUAUUUUAAAAAUUGAGAGCCAAUAUUACUGGGAUAGACUUUAACUUUUAGGUUGCUAUGGUAACAGAACAUAGCAGUAUCCUAUAUACUUUCCUUGUUAUGAUAAAGCUUUAUUACUGUACCUCGUAUUGCACCACCGACACGUUAGAAAUGAUGACGUCAUCAAUUUCACUGAUGCUCGGUAAUAUUGAGCUGAAAUUUUACAUUAGUAUAUUAUGUUUAAUACAUAACAGUAGAAUCGGGCCUAAUUCACAGCAUUCAUACGCUCAACAAAAACUGUUUAUCAUUUACUGUAAUCAGUAGUUCAGAUUUAAACUUUGUAUAAAGGACCCUAUAUGGGACACUUGUGUUCGUUAAUAAUCGAUUAAAGCGUUACAUAUGAAUAUUUCAAAUGUGACGUCAUGUUCUGUGAGGUGUAUCUGAAAAUUUGACCAAAAAUCGUACGUAGGAAUUCGACCAUAUGUUCGCGAUAAACUUUACCAGGUCUGUAAUACAAAGUUCUAAAUCAACAAGUACUGGUGUCCAUUAACUUGUCCGAAUGUUCAGACUGUGUGGACGACAUUCAGAUAGAAUACAUACCUACGUUUUAGCUCAGGGAUAGAGGCUUGGCGAACUAAAUCUUCUCCUAAAACAACUUCCAAUCAACAAAAUCUAAACAGGUUUUAGCGUUGUUCAUUACUUUCAUUUUUAAAUAUUUUUUCCAAUUAAUUAACUUUUACUUCAGUUUUUCCCUUUUUUUAAUUGAUCAAUACGUCCUUAACCAUCAUAAAGGUUUUUAAUAAAAAUAAAGGUUAAUAUUCCGUCGUAUUUAUUUUUUCAUCUCAAAAAUUUGGAAAUGUCCGUAACACAAUCCAAGCGAUUGUUUUUUUUCUUUUCUCAGUGUUGAAAUUCUCAUUUGAAACGUGACACUACUCACUUUGAUUGACCGAAAUUUACAUGGCGGGUUUCGUAUAAACCAAAAUACGCUUCCUUCCGGAAGACCUGGUCUUUUUCUCCGUGUAAAUCUUUCUUUUGUUCAUAGUUUGCCCUCAUUUUCAUCGAAUUUGAGUUUGAAUUAAGGUUCUUUUGAUAUGUCGGUAUUUUCUUUGAUGUGUCCGUAUCGUAAGCCUGGUAUUAAUACUUUUUAAAUAACCAAAAACGUUAAUAUUUUGAAGUAUACACGUUGAGUGUAAUUCAUUUAUAUGUAUAUCAGAAAAACUCAAAUUCUUUACAGUUCUUUGGGAAUUCCUUGCUAUUCCAUCAAAAAGACUAUCAUCAAAUCAUCAAUAAACGUAAAGUUUCCUUAAUUUAAUUUUUAUCCAAUAUAUUCCUGAAAAUACACUUAAGCAUUUUAACAAUUUUUUCAAUAAGUACAUUUGUACUAAACCUAAUGUUUUAGAUAAUUGUAGGAGAUUUUUUUUCUAAUUUAUGGUAAUUUAUAGUCUAGUUAUAUACGGUUUCUUUUCAUCUUUCAGCAAGUGUAUUUCAGAAGACAUGAUUCAAGUAGACAUAUGUGUUAUUGUGUCACAUUUUGUAAUUUCUCCCAUGACAAUGAUUGCAAAUUUGGAAUUUUUUUAAAUGUCUGUGCCCAUUCCAUUUCAUUUUAAUUAUCAAAUCAUAUGUAAAUUUAUUCAUUAUCAGAAACAAUAUCAUCAUGUAUAAUCCGAAUUGUAUAAUUGCCACAUGAACUGACGUCAGAGCAAAAUUCCAAGAAUUUGAUGACAAUUUCAUGUUCAGAAAUGUGAUUUAUUGAAUUUUAUCAAUAAAAUUUUCAUUCAUUAAAUGAAUUUGAUUAUUAAAAUUCUAAAUGUAUGUAAUUUGUUAUUGAAUCGCGUUUAAAAUAUGAAAAAUUGAAUGGCACAUAAAUCUUUCAUGUUUUCCCACCAAUACGAUGAUACCAAGGAUUUUUCAUGACUCAUUCUACUAGAAGUUGUCCAGGUAAGCAACCGUUACCCGUGUAAAAGCUCCUUGGAAAUCUAAGGAAAAAUCUCUCCUCCCUGCACAUGCUUACCAAAGCAUGCGCCCCCUAUAGGAUGUAAACUAAAGGGAGGUAAUUUGUGUCAGUGUGUAUGUGUGAUUAAGUAUGAAGUGUUUGAUUGUCGUGUGCUCUGGAUUGUAAACAUUAUGUCUCCAACACUUGUUUUAUGUACAGUGUUUCAACUGUCAAUAAUAUGUAAACUUUUAAAUAUUAUUUGUAAUGUACAGUGUAAAUUCUUAGUAUGCAACGUCAGCAUACUUAAAACAUAAAUUUCCAAUUAUUUUGACUACUCUAUGUACGAAAGACAGAAUGUGAUUGGUGGAAAUUUCUACCAAUCGUAACUCGUUGGCGCCACAAAAUCCAUAGUCUUAGCACACUCGAUAAGUUUCGAAAAUUUAGAAAUAGAAAGGUAUUGAUAUUUAAAUAUCAUUCUUUCCUCGCUUUAUUGAAUCCAUGAUGGUUAUGAAAUGUUUACAUAUUGAGAUUCCCAUGUUGUUAUAUAGAUACAUUUAACACUGUUACCUAGACAAUUGAAAUCAAUACAUGAAACUGAAUGUUAAACAAGACAAUUUAGAUUUCAGCUAUAAAUAUUAUUGUCAAGAAUACAAGAAUAUUGGUUAUACAUUAUAUAUGUAUCUAACUCGGUCGAAUAAUCAGCACUGAUUCAUUACUUAUGUAGAUAUAAGUAAAAGGAUUAAACUAGGUAUAACAUUAUGAUAAUUAUGUGGAUACGUACACAGGUAAAAUGUAAUUUACAUAACUAGUUUAUGUAAACAACGUAUAUAUGUUAAUAAGAAUGUUUGUUACAUACAUGCUAUGAUAUUAUAAUAACAGGUUAAUAAAAACCUAUGUAACAAACACAUUUUAUAUUCAAUAGAAGUUACAGGCUUUAUAAAACCGCGUUGAAAUGAAAUUAAUACAGCGUCUCUGAAAUUCCAUGUUUAAGAGCUUGUCUUCGCUUUCCAAAAUGCGCCGCGUCACAUCUAAAAUAUGAAAUAUAUUUCGGACCAUAUCGACCAUGUGUAUAAAAACGGCUUACAUAAAUUGUAGAUAAAUAAAACGUGAAUUUUGUGAUAUAUUGUAUUCUAAAUUUUUGCUUUAGCUAUCAUCUCAUGGCUAUUUCUUUAAUUAUUAGACUCAAUGAGAUGUUGUAUUUUCAAACGUAGUUAUAAAAAAAACUGCUUAGUUAUACCCAGCCACGUGUUUGUGAAAAUCUGUAUUACUAUGCAAAUAUUUGUCAACAUUCUUGUAAAUAAAUGACUUCCUGUCCAUUUGGGAUUAUUUGCUUGAUAUGAUAAUCACUAAUGAAUAUUUACUUGGUCCAUACGGUUCUGUAAAUCCAACAAAUAUAUUUCACAAAAUGUAGGUGUUUUAGUAUUAGUUAUCUAACUCUGACUUGAUACACACAUUUUUAAAUUAGAUAUUAUCAAGGAGUAAGUUAAGACCAUUUUUUGCUGUAUAAAGAACAUAGAAAUCCUCUGUUAAUUCUCCAUUGAUAUAUAUAUAUAUCUUUUUUUAAUCUACGUUCUGCUUUAAAAAUCUCAGUCUUAGUUCUCAGUUCUUUUAACGCACGUGUUUAAUAAUAUGAUGCAUGCAAUUUCGUUGUACGUUAAAUUAAGUAAAUACUUUGGAGGAUAGAAAGCCAUGUGCCAGGUUGGUCAGCGAAAUGAUUUUACGUUAACUCAAGUCAAAUGAAACUGUUAUAUUGAAAUUAUCAGGUGUAUGAAGGUUACGAAAUUUAUGAAAUUAUGGGGUUUUGUGCACACCCCAUCAAGAUUUUGACUUUGUGGCGAUCACGUGGAAAUUUCCUAACUCGCCGCCUAGUUUUCAAAUUUAAUGCCCCUAGUACCACCGAUGAGUCCUAGAAAACGAAACAGCUGUAUGAUGCAGUUUAAUUUAUUGUUUGGCUCUACUGUAUCAAACUCUAAAAUUGUAUUUUCAAAAAAGGUGCUAUUCAGUUAUGUGUCUUUUGUACGAUCUUAAUACUGUGAACAAAACAGAAGAUUUAAAAUUGAUGUAUUUGAAGUUGUGAUAAAUCAAAGUACUAUACAGUAUUAGGGUUAAUUCCAUUUCGGCUGUUUUUACUUAUCUGCUGAGAUUAAGAAAUGACUGCAGUCACUAUAACCGCCUUCGUUGUCCGCUUGUUAUAAAAAACCUUUUAAAGGUGGCAAACAAAAUGUCGACCCCCAAAAAUAAGACACUAUUCUUUUUAUAUAUUAAGAUGUUUUAUCUGCUAUGUUCAGUUGCUGAGAUUGUUUUCAAUCUUUUAACGUAAGGGCACCUGUAACAUAAUUUUCUGACACAUUUCUGUGUAAGAAUAUUCACCAUAGAGUUGAUUAAUGUAAUAUUCAGAACAGACACUGAUACCAUAUGAUGCAAUAAUACACCUGUUUUUUUGUGACAGUUGUGAUAACAUGUAUGCAAACACUCUUCCGUCUUUCAUUAAAUCAGCCAUGUCUACACGGA